GGUAAUGCAAGGGGCUGAGAAGAUCUGAGACAGAUGAAAACAGCUGUACUUGAAGACCCAUAAUGCAUUUCGGCUGGCAUACAGUUCUGAUUUUCAGGCUUUGCAGUACAUCCACAAUGUCUGCGCGAAAUCAAUACGCGAUCCUUUAAUAUGCACCCAGCUGAAAAAGCCGAGGAUAAGGGUACCACCGGACCAGUCUCAAAAUGACCACCGGCUUCAGCUCGAAUUCAUGUCGAUUCGCAGAUUAUUUUGUUAUCUGCGGACUUGACACUGAAAGCGGGCUUGAACCAGACGAACUGUCAGCUUUAUGCCAGUAUAUAGAGGCUACUAAAUUCAGAGAUGGGGCCAGAGGAUUGGCGAGUGCAGAUGAAGGUGAGAAUUUUGAGCAGAGUCCACUGCGGAGAACCUUUAAAUCCAAAGUUCUAGCGCACUACCCAGAGAAUGUGGAGUGGAGUCCCUUUGACCAGGAUGCCGUUGGCAUGCUGUGUAUGCCAAAGGGUCUGGCCUUCCGCACGCAGGCGGACACACGCGAGCCUCAGUUCCACUCCUUCAUCAUCACGCGGGAGGAUGGCUCGAGGACGUACGGCUUCGCCCUCACUUUCUACGAGGAGGUGACCAGCAAGCAGAUCUGCAGCGCCAUGCAGACCCUGUACCACAUGCACAAUGCCGAACAAUACGACAUCCUGCACACCCCCACCACCCCGCGGUGCCCCGAGGACCAGCGCCACCUCCAUCCCCACCCUCUCAACCCCCACCCCCAACACACGCUCCUCCCCACGCCCUCCAUCUCCCGGCUGCAACGUUUCAACUCCUACGACAUCAGCCGCGACACGCUCUACGUGUCCAAGUGCAUCUGCCUCAUCGCGCCCAUGGCCUUCCCCCAGGCCUGCAGGAAGGUGCUCCAGCAGCUCCACCAGGCCGUCUCCUCCCCCCAGCCCCCUCCCCUCCCCUUGGAGAGCUACGUCUACAACAUCCUGUACGAGGUGCCCCUGCCUCCCGCUGGGCGCUCCCUGAAGUUCUCGGGGGUGUAUGGGCCAGUGGUGUGCCAGAGGCCCAGCACGGCAGAGCUGCCUCUCUUUGACUUCCCUAUCAGCCAGGUGUUUGAGUUGCUGGGGGUGGAGAACGUCCUCCAGCUGUUUACCUGCGCCCUGUUGGAGAUCCAGAUCCUGCUCUACUCACAGCAUUACCAGAGGCUGAUGACUGUGGCGGAGAGCAUCACAGCCUUAAUGUUCCCUUUCCAGUGGCAGCAUGUCUAUGUGCCCAUCCUGCCCGCCUCACUGCUGCACUUCCUGGAUGCCCCAGUGCCCUACCUGAUGGGCCUGCACUCCAACGGAGAGGGUGACCGCACCAAACUAGAGCUGCCUCAGGAGGCCAACUUGUGUUUCGUGGACAUCGACAACCACUUCAUUGAGCUGCCAGAGGACCUCCCUCUGUUCCCCAACAAGCUAGAGUUCAUCCAGGAGAUCUCCGAGGUGCUGUUGGCCUUCGGCAUGUCUCCGGAGGGGAACCCACUCCACAGCCAGGGCCAGGCCAAACACUGGGGCUUCCGCUCCAUCGACAUGGUCACGGACAGACGCAACGGCAACCUGGCCAGCUCGCCCCUCAACUCCUACCUGCUGAGGGAGAACGAGACCAUCGCUAGACUGCAGGCCCUGGUCAAGAGGACUGGGGUCAGCCUGGAGAAGCUGGAUGUGAGGGAGGAUGCCAGCAGCAACAAGGACCUGAAGGUGCAGUGUGAUGAGGAGGAGCUGAAGAUGCACCAGCUCAACAUCCAGGUGCGAGAGGUCUUCGCCAACCGCUUCACCCAGAUGUUCGCCGACUACGAGGUGUUUGUCAUCCAGCCCAGCCAGGACAAGGAGUCCUGGUUCAGCAACAGGGACCAGAUGCAGAACUUUGACAAGGCCUCCUUCCUCUCUGACCAGCCUGAGCCCUACCUGCCCUUCCUGUCCCGCUUCCUGGAGACUCAGAUGUUCGCCUCCUUCAUCGAUAGUAAGAUCCUUUGCCAUGAUGAUGAGGACAAGGAACACACGUUGAGGGUGUUUGACUCCCGCGUGGACAAAAUCCGCAUGCUGAACGUGCGCACGCCCACCCUGCGCACCUCCAUGUACCAGACGUGCACCAAUAUCGACGAGGCGGAGAAGGCCAUAGAGAUGCGGGUGGUUAAGAUCGACCACACGGCCCUGCAUCCCCACCUGCUGGAUAUGAAGAUUGGCCAGGGUCGCUACGAACACGGCUUCUUCCCCCGGCUGCAGUCUGACGUGCUCUCCACUGGACCCGUCAGCAACAAAUGGGCGAAGAGGAGUGCUCCAGCACAGUGGAGGAGGAAGGACAGACAGAAACAACACGCUGAACACCUUUACCUGGACAACGACCAGAGAGAGAAAUACAUCCAGGAGGCCAGGAACCUGGGCACUACCAUUCGGCAGCCCAAGCUGUCCAACCUCUCCCCCUCGGUCAUCGCUCAGACCAACUGGAAGUUUGUGGAGGGUCUGCUGAAGGAGUGCAGGAAUAAGACCAAGCGCAUGCUGGUUGAGAAGAUGGGCAGGGAGGCGGUGGAGCUGGGUCAUGGGGAGGUCAGCAUUACAGGCGUGGAGGAGAACACACUUAUCGCCUCCCUCUGUGAUCUGCUGGAGAGGAUCUGGAGCCACGGGCUGCAGGUCAAACAGGGUAAAUCUGCCUUGUGGUCCCACCUGCUCCAUUAUCAGGAGAGCAAAGAGAAGACGGAUGCAGCACCAGCCGGUUUGGGUCCCCCAGGUCUCAUCCACGACAUAGAGAGACGCAAAUCUGACGCUGGCGCUGCCUUGGCCCCUCUCAAGGUAUCCCUGAUCAGGGACAUGAGACACAUCCAGAACAUUGGGGAGAUCAAGACAGACGUGGGCAAGGCCAGGGCCUGGGUGAGGCUCUCCAUGGAGAAGAAACUGCUGUCCAGGCACCUCAAAAAGCUGCUGUCUGACCAUGAACUUACAAAGAAACUAUACAAGCGUUAUGCUUUUCUGCGCUGUGACGAUGAGAAAGAGCAGUUCCUGUACCACCUCCUCUCCUUCAACGCUGUAGACUACUUCUGUUUCACCAAUGUCUUCACCACCAUCAUGAUCCCAUACCAUGUGCUGGUGAUUCCCAGUAAGAAACUAGGAGGCUCCAUGUUCACAGCCAACCCCUGGGUGUGUGUGUCUGGGGAGCUGGCUGAGACCGGGGUGCUCCAGGUCCCCAAGCACACUCAGGAGAUCACCUUUGAGUGCCAGAACCUGGGCAAGCUGACCACAGUGCAGAUGGGCCAUGAUAACUCAGGUCUUUACGCCAAGUGGCUUGUGGAGUAUGUUAUGGUCCGGAAUGAGAUCACAGGUCAUGCUUACAAGUUCCCGUGUGGCCGGUGGCUGGGGAAGGGGGUGGACGAUGGCAGUCUGGAGAGGGUCCUGGUGGGAGAGCUAGUGACACCAAACUCAGAGAACGAGGACAGAAUGUGUCGUACGCCCCCCAUGCAGCAGUCCCCUGGGAUGAUGAGGAGGUUCGUCACCAUCUCACCAAACAGCAAACCAAAGUUGAACACUGGUCAGAUCCAAGAGGGAGUGGGAGAGUCCAUCAAUGGGAUAGUGAAGCACUUCCACAAGCCAGAGAAGGAGAGGGGCAGUCUGACCCUUCUGCUGUGUGGGGAGUAUGGUCUAGUCUGGGCUUUAGAGCAGGUGUUCCAGCAUGGCUUCAAGUCCCCACGCCUCUUUAAGAAUGUCUUCAUCUGGGAUUUCUUAGAAAAGUCACAAGUGUACUUUGAGAGUGCUGAGCAGAGGGAGGUGACUCCAGAUGAGAACUGGCAAACCAGAGUACACCACUUCUGCCGCUUCAUGCGGGCCAUCAACAGCACAUCUAGGAACAUAGGCAAGGAUGGGAAGUUCCAGAUGCUGGUGUGUCUGGGUGCCAGGGACCAUUUGUUACACCACUGGAUCGCUCUCCUCGCAGACUGUCCAAUCACAGUGCAAAUGUACGAAGACACAGCACUGAUAAAGGACCGCUCAUUGGUAAAUUCUCUGAUCAGAGUGCUACAGACUUUGCAGGAGUUCAACAUUACCCUAGAAGCUUCACUUGUCAAAGGGAUCGGUAUCUAGGCCCUCUUUCGUUCACACCAAUUGGACCUGACUAAGGAAGACUGUUAGGGACCACUAAAGAACAAUUAAACCUUUUUAUGCAGAAAGAGACAUGAACAAUUAAGGGACGAUUUCUGGCUUAUAUUAAAGCUACUGUUACAUUUGCCAUAUAUUAAGUGCAAUGAGCCUUUCAAAAUGUGUUGUUAUUUUUAUCCUCAACAAUGUUGCUGUUAGACGUUAAGAAUAUGUUUUCUAUUACGAUCCAUGACUUUCACUUUAUUGAAGAAGAUAACCCACCUGUUGUAUACUACUUUAUUGAAAGCUAAAUAUUUUCAUUGUUAUUGUGAACUGCUGACAAUGGCUAUAUUCUAAAAAGGAAAACAAGGAACAAAAACUGAUAAUAUAUUUUCGGAGAAGAACAGUAUUAUUUUGAUAUGUCUGUCAAGUUGCUUGCUCUGUUCUAAUUCUAACUGUCAUAAUGCAGAGCUUGAAGCAAAUGAUGUAGAAGUAUGCUUUAUAAGUAUGAAUAUGACAUGGUAUAGAUGUUUGUGUAGGGUGGGAAACUGAUUCACCUACAUCAAUAUGACAGUGUGUAAGUUUGGAUCAAUCCCCCUGGAAGUACCGUAGGAUGCAACUAUUUUAUAUGGAUAACUUGGCCUAAGAAGAGGCUCCUGAAUAAGAUAAUGGUGUGUAUGCUAGUGAUGCACAAUAUGUAUUCAGUUGGAGAAGUAUCACUAUACGGCCAUGUCAAUGCUUCACACUUGACAGACAACUCUUCAACAGUACAGUACUCAUCAUAACCAUGGCUUGGUAGAAAGUGAGUCAUUUAUAAAAUGACAGCCUUCGUGUAAAUACCUCUAACCAGUGCAUCCUUCUUUCCAACAACUUCUCAUUAUUCCUCACCUGUUCUGCCCAUUCCUGGCAGGUUUACAACAUGUCUGUUCAGUAGUGAGAAUUGUAUGAGCUGAUUGCCAGUUAAAUUAAUAAUGAGUGGUACAUAUGGUUGCUAUAAAAGGCCAGAUUCAAAAUAGAGCAAACGAUUCUCCUCUGAACUGUUGGCGUUUCUGCUAUGCAAUAUAAUCCACAUCACACAACAAAAAUUAACCCAAGAUCUAGAUGAGAAUCAUUGGUCCUCCAUUUUUCUUACUGUGCAGCAUAUGAUGAUGAAUAACAAUGGCAGUUUGAUAGAAGUAGGUGUGAAGGAUGUCUUUCCUGUGCCAAUGUCUGGAUUGUGUUGGUUGUACUAUUCCAUGUACAAUCGACAUGAGCAUCUUGGGAGAUAUAUUUUUGUUUUUCAAUACUGUUGUACAUUUGACAUAGCCGUAUAAUGUAGUGUUUACUAAGUGAGGAAAUGUGUACAGUGUAAAAAAUAAAUAAAGAAUAAAAUUACAGAAAUGCAGUAA